AUGUGCGGCAUUUUCUUCACUAUAGCCAAAGCGCUUCCGAAGCACCAGCUCCCGUGCAAAGAGUAUGAGGCUGACGAGAUCAAGCUGCUCAUGGAGGAGCGUCUAAGUGCUCAGGCAACGCUUACUUCUGGAGACUUGGUGAAGGUGAAAAACGCCGACCGAAUAAGACACUUGCUAGCUGAACUUAGUCAGCUUAGCGUGAAGAACCACCGGAUACGAAGAGAGCUCAUUCAAAAUGAGAUCGAGGAGCUUUCUUCUGUUUCAGGCUUACCAGGGCGUCCUGGUUCAUCUGAAUCAGCUGGGCCCUCAUUGGACACUACCCUUAUAGAUAUCAUGGCAAGAGGACCAGACUACGCUCGUCUGGUCGAAUAUUCAGGGGACAAUUGGUCGCUUUGGGCUCUCGGAUCGGUGCUUUCGCUUCGACAGCCGUUUUCAAAGCAGCCAUUCAUGGAUGAACGGUACAUAUUUCAGUUCAAUGGUGAACUCUAUAAUGACGAUUGUUUAGAUGGGAACGAUGGAGAGUACGCCGUGGAACGUAUACGCAAGGCAAUUGAAGCCGCUGAAGACAUGGAGGAGGCUCUUGUUGACCUCUUGGGAAAGUUCGAUGGUGAAUUUGCUUUUGUCCUAGUUGACAAGCACAAGGGUAGGGCAUUUUUUGGGAAAGACCAUAUUGGUAAACGCUCGCUUCUUUAUUCCCUGGAUGAGGGAUUAACGGUGGCUUCUUUACUAGGUCAUAAGUCUACGGAAAUGCUACAUGAAUGUAAGCCUGGCCUUCUUUACAGCUACGAUAUCAAUAGCGAGAGCAUUUUCCAAAGGCCUUACAAGAAUGCUUUGCAUUUGUCUCCCAAAACUGGCUCCUCAUUUUGUUCCGGAUACAAGUUUACGGAGCAACUUGUCCAGCAGCUACAUGUGCAUUUACGGAAAGCUUGUGCCGUCAGGCAACAAACUGUACGUCCGCUACAUCCUCAUAAAGCAACAGUAGCUAUUCUUUUCAGCGGUGGCCUUGACUGUACUGUGCUAGCGGCGCUUAUAGGAGAGAAUUACACAGGUCAGGAUGCCGCUGUGACAAUUGAUCUUCUCACGGUCGGCUUUGAUAAUCCACGAACAGGAACGUCAGCGCUGGAGUCACCCGAUCGACAGCUUUCCGAGAGAUCGUGGUACGAGCUUUCCAAAAAAUUCUAUAGUACGAACGUUGCAUUUAGAUUGGUCCAGGUGGAUGUGCACUAUGCUGAUUGGCUUGCUCACCGUGGGAGAGUCUUGAGCUUGAUACAUCCCACUUCAACUGAAAUGGACCUUUCCAUCGCCAUUGCAUUUUAUUUUGCCAGCAAGCCCGAAAAGACGACAGGCUGGAAAAUGUCUGCUAAUUUCAAAGACGCUACGACGUGGUCAGACUUUCAAGCCUCCAAAGCGAACUAUGUAGAGCAGGAGGAAGAUUACACUUCCGCAACAGAAGUUCUCUUCUCUGGCUUGGGUGCUGAUGAACUCUAUGGUGGCUACUCGCGGCAUGAGAGCAUCUUCGACACAUUAGAGGAGGAUUCUGAUGAAGGCAUUAUACACGGUAUGUAUGAUGAGCUUUCUAAGUCUCUUCUUCACGACAUUACGAUAAUUUACGAGAGGAACCUCGGCAGAGAUGAUAGAGCCAUUUCCAGCUGGGGCAAGGAGCUACGCUAUCCCUACUUGGAUAACGACGUUGUGGAAUUUUCGACGAAUUGUAUUGAUCCACAUUACAAAGUGAAGUUCGACUGGACUACUGUGAAGACCAAAAAAGGAGAGAAGCGGACAAAGCUUUACUCACGAAAGUACAUAUUACGUGAGCUUGCUAGGUGUCUUGGAUUGGACAAGGCAGCCGACGAGGUCAAGAGGGCUAUCCAGUUUGGUGCUAAGUCAGCCAAGCUAGAAGUGGGAAACAGCAAGACAAAAGGAACUGAAACAGUGUCUUUUUAA